AUGUGUCUGGUUAGAAGAUGUGCCUUUGUCCUCACUCUACUGGCGUCUGCGCUUGCGCAGAACACAGAGAGCAGUGGCGACUUUACACCGGUUGUAAGUGCAACCUGCAAGAAUGGUGCUAUGUCGAUCAGGAUUAACUUCAGUCAACCGUUCAAUGGAGUUGCACAUGCAAGAGAGUUCAGAACUCUAGCAUGCAUGGCCACUGGAAAUGGAUCAGAAAGUCUAACUUUCGACAUUAACUUAACAGCUGCCCAGGGAUCGCCAGAUUACUGUGGCGUAUUCUGGAAUAAUCGAACAGAUGAACGCUCUUUGCCGUUGGCCGUCCGAGUUCAUAGGACGUUGGAAUUAGCUGAUGACAAGUUCUACGUGAUCACGUGCGGCAAGGCCGGCUUCAGAAACGCAAGAAACGAGACGUCACUUGUGUCUUUGCGGAUGCUGAAUUCAGAUGGACGUAAAGUUCUGAAUGCUGCUUUCGGUUUACCUUACACACUGAGAGCGGAGAUAAGCAAAUCCGAUGGCGCUCACGGCAUCCGUCUCAGGAAUUGCUUUGCAUUCAAUAUGCGAAACAACACAGUGGACCUUCUGGAUAAACGAGGAUGUCCCGUUAAGGAGCAGUCUUUGGCAGUCAAAAUGGAAAACGGUGCUGCCGAGCUCGCAAUAGCCUCUAUGUUCAGAUUUCCUGAUUCCUCACAAGUUAAUUUUCAAUGCGAGAUCGGCAUAUGUAAAGGCAGUUGCACACCAUCCGAUUGUACGACGGAGGGUCGUACGGAGCCAGCAGACGAAGAAGGUGCUGUCACCGCCUCAACAGGAAUAUUUGUAUUAGAUCCAAAUGACAGUGCUGUGGCAGCUAUGGCAUGUACUGAGAGCGGUGUACGUCCUCUCUGGCUGUUGUAUCUUGCGAUAGCCUUAGGAGUCAUGUUCCUCGUCAUGUUACUCAUUAACUGCUUCCUCUGCACAGCCAUGACUUGUUCUUGCGCCAGAACUGAUGUGAUAGAAAAGGAUCCUUCAGUGGUCGAGGACUAUGACCCUUACCGCAGCUGGCACGGCAGCCAGUACGGCAGCCGGUACCCCUCGUCUACUAUACACUCCGCGAGGUCAGUAUCAGACAACAGCGACCAUUACGCCAUAGUCCAGUCGAGGCCGGGGAGUCGACACUCCGGUAUGCACCGAAAUAGACACUAA